AUGAAUGGCAGCAGCAGCAGCAGCCGCCACACCCGGUCGACUGGCAAACGCCAAUGUCUAGCAACGGCGCGUCAAUAUGCAGUUGCUGCUGCAGGCUUGUUCGCCUUGCGCGUGCCAAUGGCUCUGCUCGCGCUCGUUCCCAAAGCAGCCAACCGAAAAUUCGCCUUUGCUUUUGUUGCCGUCGCGAUUGUCGCCGCCAAGAUUAUCCACGUCGUUGCUCGCGAAAGAGCGCUCAUGAGAAGAGACUUGGUAGUAUGGAUGCUGUCCUUUUUCUGGCAAGACUUUGUGCUGCUCCUGGCGCUGCGGUUCCUGACGGAGUGGUCGCACAGCAGCAGCUGCUGCCGAAAGAGCCUCUUGUUGCGAAUACUGGCCAGGGCGCUAAACUCGAUUGCCAGUCUGUUUUCAGCUUUGGUUUCGGUUGUCAACAUUACUUUUUUCCUCUACGCGAGAGCAGAGGUUCGCUGGCGUGAUGUUGCUUUUGCGAGCGAUUCGAGCUCUCGGGGUGUCCUCCUCUCCGGUCUCGUCACACUAUUCGCCGUACUGUGUUCGAUUACAGUCAUUGCCGGAUGCCUUCAGAAUCAAAUAUUCAUCAUUGGAGGCGCGGCUAUCGAUGCUAUCAAAUGGCCAUUUCAAUACCUCGCGCGACGAUUGCGAUCCGAAUCCAACUAUAGCUUCUCCCGACUGCCUUCUGAACCCCUCCAACUGCCUUUUGGCAUGGAACAGAAACGAAACGAUGACGUCGAACCCAGUGUUCUCGGACAUGCAGUCGAAAGCCGUUUCUGGCGAUUUGUUUGGAGUUGCUUCAUUGUUCUCCAAGUAAUCUUCCAUCUACUGCGUCCAUACGAGGGCGCUCUGAUCUUCAUGUCCUGGACAACACCGCUCAUUCCCUUUGUCGACUUUAAGGAGUCAGCUUCGAUCUUGCGCGAGAUACACCCCUACAACAACGUCGGUAUAAACCAUGAAUGGGACGACAAAACGGCUCUUGCUGAGCCGAUACAUUUCGACUGGCUACCCCAAGAUACCGUACUCAAAGGAUUCGAGGACUGGUACCAACAAGGUCGACCACAUUACAACGCAAAGGCCGACCCCCUCAAGAUUUCCAACCUCGACCAAGAUUUGCUGCCUGAGCUGAAUAAUAGCCUGGCUGAUGUGUCCAUCAAGCAUAUUGUCCUCAUUGUGCUCGAGAGUACGCGAAAGGACGUGUUUCCCCUGAAAAAGGACGACCUAAUCUGGAGGCGAUUUGAAGAAGCAGCCCCUCACAAGAAGCUUUCGGGCGAGGCCAUUGCUCGCCUCGAGACCCUGACACCGACCGCGAAUUAUCUGACGGGCGAUUACGACGACGGCUUCGAGCACGAAACAACUACUCGCAGAGGAGGAAUCAACUUUAAAGACGCAAGCACAGCUUCGACAUAUACUCGCAAAAGCAUGAUUGGAACCAUGUGCGGAAUCUGGCCACUCGUGGCUGAUUUCAACAAGGAGUACAUUCAUCACAUCUACCAGCCAUGCCUGCCGCAGAUCCUCGAGGCUUUCUCGUACAUGGAUCAAAACGACGCUGCAGAGAGCCCGUGGCGCUCUCAAUACCUCCAGUCGGUGACUUUGAGCUACGACCACGCCGACGCAAGCACUGAGCAAUUCGGCUUCCCGAAAGACAACAUUAUUGGCGCGCGCUAUCUGCGGUCCAAAUCCGCCAAAUUUGGCAAGGUUGACCUCCCGGACAUUAACUACUUUGGCAUGGCCGAGGCUCCGUUGCUGGACUACUUUCGCGAUGCUUUUGUCUCUGCGAAACAAAGUAAUGAACGUGUAUUCUUGACGCAUCUCACCAGCACGACCCACCACCCAUACGCCAUUCCCGCAGAAGAUGCGUAUGUUCCACUUGCCAAUGGCCGAUGGGAUGAUCUGUCGCAUUACAUUAAUGCGAUUGGAUACGAUGACCGGUGGCUUGGAAAGAUAUUGGGCGUUCUAGACGAUGAAGGCGUUGCCAACGAGACUCUUGUCGUUGUCACGGGAGAUCACGGCAUCUCUCUGCCGGAGAAUAACAAGCCCGCUUCGUACCAUAAUCCCAAUGUCGGUUGCAAUCAUGUACCCGUGGUCAUGUCUCACCCGGGUCUUCCUCCGAUUGACAUUGAUGACUCUGUGAGCACCAUGGAGAUUUUGCCCACCAUUCUAGAUUUGCUCCGCGAAACGGGUUCCUUGUCUGAAGCUGCGAGCAAGGCUGCUGGUGACCUCUUGGCAAACUACGAGGGCCAGUCCCUCAUUCGCAAACUCAGAGACUCUACUUACAGAGUCGAGGACGCUACUGGGGUCGUUGAUGAGCAAGAACUGCGCAACUGGCAAUUUGUGGUCAUGAACCCCGGGCGCGCCAUGCUGGGCGUUCGCGACAGACGCCGCAAGAAUUGGCGGCUAGUCGUUCCGGUCAUUCAUGACGUGGAGUGGCAGUUUACAGACCUCGAGGCAGAUCCCACCGACACGGAUUCGGUGCAGGCUUUUGAGUUUCGCGCGUUUCUGGAUAAGAUUCAGCGUCGCUACAGUAAAGAAGAAGCACGGUGGGCCGAGGAGGCCGCUUUCAUUGCACGAUGGUGGGUGGAGGAAAAUAACAAGAGAUAUGAGUAUGGACCUUAUGCUGCUACACCUACGACUUGA